AUGCCUCGAGUAACUGCGAAGCCGCGCUUGAGCUCUCGACCUAAGAAGUCUCAAAUACAAUCACAGACCGCUUACACGGUGAGCAAGUACACUAAGCGCUGUACGGUCUGGAGCUUUCAAGUCAUACCCCCACAAGCUCCCGACGACGCCGCGACAUGGCGGGAUCCCGGCGCCCCACUUAAUUCCAAGAACUCAUCUUCCCGCCUCCUUCAACUUCCUGGCGAACUGCGUAAUCGCAUAUAUGAGUACGUCCUCACUGAUCCGUCACCCCUCGGUCUCCAGUACUCUGAACAAUUCGUCGGUGGGACAUGCAUAUCGAAGCCUUGGUUGAAGCCUCGGUUCGAGGGUAUGCGAGACAAAGAAAUCACUAAGAUCAAAUACGUCUGCCGGAAGCUGUAUGCGGAAACAGCCGGACUGGAGAUCAAAUUCAAUUCGCUGAGGUUCUCCGAUAGCGAAUGUCCUGCUCGAAUGUUCAAGGACUUUCUCGCAAUUUGCUCCCCAUCCAAAGCUGCGUGGAUAAGGACAGUCGUUCUGAGGCUUGGGGAUUAUUCGCACUGCAUCUCUGUUUUGCAGGAAAACAUCGACACGCUACUUCCAAUUGCGGACUUUUGCCGACGCAAUCCUCAGGCCACGGUCAAGUACACGUACGGGGCCUGGGAAUAUAGCCCCUGCUGCGAACCCCCUAAUUCUGGAAGACCAUUCAUAUUCGCGAUGGAAUUUAUUGAGGCGGGUGUCCAUCUCACGAAGGCCUUUCGCGGCCAAGAUCUGGACUUUCUUCUGCCGCCUUCAGACAGAGAGACAUGGGAGGCGGCGCGGGAUUGGAGAGCAGCAACAGAUGAGAAGAAACUAGAGGGCUUGCAGGCUCCAAACUUCAAAUUCUGGCCGGGAGAUCUAUAUCUCGAUCCAGGAUUUGCGAAUGGGGUCCGUCGCGACGCAAUAAUCUUUGACCUUGAGGAGGAUAUCAUGAGGCUUUGGGUGGAAUAUGCGAAGAAGUGGGGUGAGGAGGGCAUCUAG